AUGGCACUACAGUCUGUACUCUGCAACCCUUCCCCACACCUCUCCCGCAUUUCAAAUUCAAACCCCGUCGUCUCGCCUGCCACUGUGGCUCCCCUACCCAUGGCGAUGUCUCCGGCGGCGGGCAGGACGCCCAACCCCAAGGCGGCGCCGUCCCCGUCCGCCCGCCGAGCCGUGGCGGAUUCGGCCUCGGCCGCCGCCGCCGCCGCCGCCGCCGCGUCGGACACCAAGGCCCGGUUCGAGGCGUACAACCGGCUGCAGGCGGCGGCGGUGGCGUUCGGGGAGAAGCUCCCGAUUCCGGAGAUAGUGGCCAUAGGGGGCCAGUCGGACGGCAAGAGCUCGCUCCUGGAGGCGCUCCUCGGCUUCCGCUUCAACGUCCGGGAGGUCGAGAUGGGCACCCGCCGCCCCCUCGUCCUCCAGAUGGUCCACGACCCCACCGCCCUCGAUCCCCGGUGCCGCUUCCAGGAGGAGGACUCGGAGGAGUACGGCCACCCCAUGGUGCAGGCCGCGGCGAUAGCCGACCUCAUCAAGCAGCGCACCGAGUCGCACCUCCGGACGAUCCAGGCCGCUGUGUCGGCCAAGCCCAUCGUCAUGAGGGCCGAGUACGCCCACUGCCCCAACCUCACCAUCAUCGACACCCCAGGUUUCGUGCUUAAGGCUAAGAAAGGCGAGCCGGAGAGGACGCCGGAGGAGAUCCUGUCGAUGGUGAAGACACUAGCAAGCCCGCCCCACCGCCUCAUUCUGUUCCUCCAGCAGAGCAGCGUCGAGUGGUGCUCUUCGCUCUGGCUCGAUGCAAUUAGAGAGAUCGAUCCCACUUUCAGGCGCACCAUGAUAGUCAUCUCCAAGUUUGACAACCGACUCAAGGAAUUUACCGAAAGGUGGGAGGUCGAUAGCUACUUGAGCGCAAGCGGUUACCUUGGGGACAAUGUCCACCCAUUCUUUGUGGCUCUUCCAAAGGACCGAGGAACAAUCUCCAAUGAUGAGUUCCGGCGGCAAAUAUGUCAGGUAGAUAUUGAUGUGUUGCGACACUUGCGUGAUGGUGUGAAAGGGGGUUUCAAUGAAGAGAAGUUUGGUCCGUACAUUGGGUUUAGCUGCCUCAGGAAGUACCUGGAGUCUGAACUUCAGAAGAGGUACAAAGAAGCAGCUCCAGCCACCCUAGCAUUGUUGGAGCAGAGAUGCAGUGAUGUCUCGAUGGAACUAUCCAGAAUGGACUCCAAACUUCAAGCAACCUCUGAUGUCUCUCAGCUGAGGAGAUCGGCGAUGCUUCAUGCUGCUUCUAUCUGCACCCAUUUGCGUGCAUUACUUGAUGGAGCAGCUGAUCCAGCUCCAGAGGUAUGGGGGAAAACUACCGAAGAGGAGCAAAUGCACAGUGGUAUUAACAGCUGGCCUGGCAUCAGCGUUCCAGUAAAACCUCCCAACUCUAGCCUUAAGCUGUAUGGCGGUGCGGCUUUUGAGAGAGUAAUGCACGAGUUCCGCUGUGCGACAUAUUCCAUGGAGUGCCCACAGGUGUCAAGGGAGAAGGUUGCGAACAUAUUACUUGCCCAUGCUGGAAGAGGUGGAAGCAGUGGGAUGACUGAGGCAGCUGCUGAGAUAGCACGCGCGGCUGCACGAUCUUGGCUUGCUCCUCUUACUGAAACUGCUUGUGAUCGGCUUGCAUUUGUCCUGCAAAGCUUAUUUGACCUUGCAAUGGAGCGCAGCCGCACUGAUGAUUCAAGAUAUCAAAAUGUUGAAAAUAUGGAUGGAUAUGUUGGCUUCCUUGCUGCUCUCCGGUGCUCCUAUUAUAAGUUUGUCAAGGAUUUGUCCAAGCAAUGCAAGCAGAUAGUACGACAUCACCUUGAUUCAGUCACGAGCCCCUACUCCCAUAUUUGUUAUGAAAGCGACUUUCUUGGUGGCGUUGGAACUGUAGCAAACACCCUUCACAGGUUUAAUCAGUUCAGUGGAGUUGCAUCUUUUGACCUAUCAGACAGUGGAUCACUGGAGGAAGGCCAGGAGAAUCUACCACCAAGAGAUCAGCAACAUAUGACUCCACCUGCUAAAGCAAAUGAGAGGGAAAUUCUGAAAGAAAGCCAGCUGACUGUUCCUGAGACGCCUUCUCCUGAUCUGCCGGCCGAUAUACAUGGCGGUAAGAAGAAAGACAACGGAAAUAUGAAUGAUGGUGGGGCAAGGAAAAGACAUGCAAGGAUGGCAGCAUAUGCAAACAGGAGUCACCAUAACAAUGUGACUGUUGGUGGCGAUGAUCUGGUGUCAAGAUCAGGGUCAUCAUACUCCAGCAUAUGCUCAAUAUCUGCUCAGUAUUUUGCCAAAAUGCGAGAAGUCCUGAUUGAAAGGAAUGUUCCCUCUGCAUUGAACUCUGGAUUCUUAACACCAUGCCGCGAAAGGUUGUUUUUAGCACUUGGAUUCGAGCUGUUUGCUGUAAAUGACGAGAAGUUCAUGGACAUGUUUGUGUCUCCCGGCGCGAUUGAUUGUAUCCAGAAUGAGCGCCAGUCUCUACUGAAACGUCAAAAGAUUCUGCUGUCCUGUUUAAGCGAGUUCAAGAACAUCUCACGGACUCUGUAA